CCUGAUAGUGCAGCCAGUGGGUGUUGCAAGAGGAGGAGGAGGGAAUGAAAGGAAGACAGUCAGCUUUACAGAGAGGGAGCCAGAGGGAAGGUGGAGGAGGACAGAACCGGCACUAAAAAAACGGAGAACUAAAAUUUGAGGACAAGCGAUACGCCUGGGAGCAUCAGUGCAUCAGGAAACAGCAGAAGAGUUAAAAACAGACAGAGGAGAGGAAUUUGCACUGUGUGUGUGUGUGUGAUCCAGAUCAGUGUGCCUCCACGGUUUCCUCGAGGCCGUGGCAGCCAUGGCGUCAGAUCCCAGCACCCAGUCCAGGGUGAUGUUCCAGGCGCAGGACAAGACAGAAGAGCCGGCGCACCGUAAACUGGGCAAGCUGACAGUGAAGUACAACCGCAAGGACCUGCAGAGGAGGCUGGAUAUCGAGGAGUGGAUCGACGGGCAGCUGCACCUGCUGUUUGACUGCGAGGAGGACGAGAUCCCAGAGUUAGAAAUUGACAUAGAUGAGCUCCUGGAACUGCCUGACGAAGGGCAAAGAUCUCGGCUGCAGGAGUUGUUGAAUGAAUGCGGAAAGCCAAAAGAGGACUUUAUCAACGGACUGCUCUACAGGAUAAAAGGUCUACGCAAAAUGUCCUUGAAGAAAUAAUUAUAGGUCAAAUUAGGAAUCAAGACAACGUUGAGCCUCUUAUCCUCUCGUCGCUCACAAGUUAACCAUUUCAACGCUUGUAUGCAAAGACGGCACAUCAACGGGACUGCGUUUUGGCCUCUCAUCCUUUC